UGUCGUCUGCUAUUAAAAUUUUAAUGGCUCAUUAUUCAGUCAGUCGCAUGCGCCUCGUGGUCGUGAUUUUUGGAACGUCCACCAACUUUCUCUUAAAUUAUUUUCCAAUUCACCCAGACUUUUGAGAGUGUUACCUCAAGUAUAUUCAACUAACUCUGUGAUGAAAAUGUACCUUGAAUUAUGGUGGAAAUUACUUUUGAAUAUUUUGUGAAAUUAACUUGAAAAUGUGGUGAAAUCCACUACUCAAUUGAGCCAUCAUGACGACCGCGUGGUGUGUCAGGCUUUUUUUUAGUGUUACCUCGGGUUUAUUGAACCAACCCUGUGAUGAACACGUACUUUGAAUUUUGGUAAAAUCAACUAUUGAAAAUGCGAUAAAACUCGAUUCUCAAUUGAGCCAUCAUGGCGACCGCGUGGUGCGUGCGAAUAUUAUUUUUCAGUGUGAAACUCUUCCCUCGUAUCGACCAGGGUUCUCUUCAUCGCUGAUUGUUUCUUCUUCGUCUAUUGGGAUCUUUGGUUUUCGCUGGACCUCGACUCACAGGAGAUUUUCGAUUUUCUCUGGACCUCGGCUCACAGGGGAUCUUCGGGUCUUCGCUAAACCUCGGCCGGAUAUCGCCGGAUGUACAGCUACCGAGAUAUCCCGUCGUCAUGUCUACUCGGAAGCCUACAACUCUGUAGGCCUACAAGCCUCGGUGAAAACUGAGUUACAGAAAUGAGCAGACACAACCGUCGGCUCUUGAUGACGAAGCAGAAAAAGAAGAAGGCGAAGGAAGAAAAAGGGACGACAAGGACGUCGUCGACGACGAAAAUGAAUGGCGAAUUUUAUAGUAGCCCUCAUGACCAUAUUCCGGGGGACCGAUAAUGACCAGUUGGAUCACACCCGAGAAGAAGAAGAAGAAGAAAAAUAAAAAGGCUAGCUCUGGCUGCUGCUGCCGCUGCCGCCGCCGCUUGCGACUGAGAGUGGUCCAUCAAAUUUGUGUUACAACCCAUUCGGAUCGAGAGGUGAUGGCACUUUUGGACGACACCACACACAUAGCAAAGAAAACUCUCUGCUCAGCACAGUCGGAAUGAAAUGGGGAAACACUCACGGGAACAAAAAAAAGAAGAAGAAAAUAAGAGGAGUCGUUCAAAAACGACUGGAAGGAAUAAAAACAACCUGCUGCUGCCGUUCAGCCGUCGACCAAGAAGAAGAUGAGAUAUUAUUGGCUAUCAAGAAAGCAAUAAUAUUAAGCGACAGGUAGCGCAAGAAGGAAACGAAAAAAACCAAAGAAACAACGAACCCAGUGCGAUUUGGAAUUCCAGUUUGUUUUCGAUUGUUUCGACGGAAAUCUCUUUGAUCGUUCGCCCGAGUUGUUUUGUUUUUUUCCAUUUUAAUUCGAGUUGUUGUCUCUCUGUCGUUGGGGGUGCUGGUGGUGAUUGCUUCGUCGGUUAUUUCGGCUGCUGGAUUCAUCCGUUUGCCAAAAGAAAAGAAGAAGAAAAAAGUUGUUGUUGUUGUUCCGCCGGAAGUUGUUGGUUUGUUCACAUUUGAAACCAUUCAACAGUUUUGGUCGUGGGCGCAUCGUGUCCACCGCCAACCCAAUCAGCUACAAAAAUUGAUCCGACGGCCAUCAUGAGUUCGAAAUUUCUGGACAGCAUGCUGACCAAAUAUCAAGCGGAGGCGGCCGGAGCGGCCGCCGUUGCCGCCGGAGGUUCCAGCUACUCUUCGCAACACGCCCGGAUGUACCCGUACGUUUCGGCCAUGGGUCAGAGCGGCUUUCCCGGAGGCGUGGCCGGCUAUUCGAACGCGUUGGCCAAUGCGGCCGAAUCGGCGGCGGCGGCCACAGCGGCGGCGGCCCAGGCCGACAAGCAGUGCCGAUACACGGGCAGCGCGGCGGCGGCGGCCUCGAUGGCCGAAGCCAUGGUCAACUACUCGCUGGGGGCCGCCCACCAGAACGGCGUGGCCGGAGCGGCAGCGGCCAGUAUGGCCCAAGCGGCCGCCGCCAAUUUCUACCAGCAGGCGGCCAACGCGGGAGGUGCGGCGGCGGCUGCGGCCGCAGCGGCCGCCGGUGUCGAUCCCAACAACCCGCUCUCGGCUUGCUCUCAAGGCGGACCACCAACUGGACUAGGCGCCCUGGCCGGCGUUCAUUCCGGCGGCGGACCAGACAUUCCACGCUACCCAUGGAUGUCCAUCACCGGUUUCCCAUAUGCGACCGGAAUGGAUGGAUCAGGUUCUUUCGCCUCUCACGACGGUUUCUCACACGCUGGAAUCUGCUCAGGACCCAAUGGCUGCCCGAGAAGAAGAGGUCGCCAGACGUACACGCGCUACCAGACGCUGGAAUUGGAGAAAGAGUUUCACUUUAAUCACUACUUGACAAGGCGGAGGCGGAUCGAAAUCGCUCACGCCCUUUGCCUGACUGAGCGGCAGAUCAAAAUCUGGUUCCAGAAUCGGCGCAUGAAGCUCAAGAAGGAGCUGAGGGCCGUCAAGGAGAUCAACGAGCAGGCCCGUCGUGAGCGCGAGGAGCAGGAGAGUUCGAUCCGCAACAGCGGCGGAGGUGGCGACCAUCACGACGGCGGACACAAGAGCAAGCACCAGCAGUCUCACCAUCACGCUUCGUCGUCGCAUCACCAGCAGCAGCAGCAACAGCAGCAGCAUCACGGCCAGCAGCAGCAACUGGGCCAGGACCGGCACCACGUCCAUCAUCACGAUCUGCUGCAGGCCGCCGCUUCGGCCAACUACGCCGCCGACAUCAGCAAAAUGGCCGCCAAGAGCCUGACAUAAGAAACGACGACGUCCAACUUUCAAGCGAAACAAAACCAAAAUUGCCAGGUGACAACUAAACAACCAAAACAACAUUCACAUCAUGUAGCAAAACACAAAACACAACGACGUCCGAUUUUCACGAGGAAAUCGGCGUCCCCCCAUUAUCCCCCCCUCCCCGUUUCAACACCCACUCGCACAAACUAUAUAUAUAGAAAUACGUAAGACUCUAUAACCUCCCCAAGUGAAGUUUGACUGCCUUGUAACAUCCGAUACUCUUUGAUGGCCAUCUUUCCCUCUACCAGAAACGAACGUUCCCCGCACCACCUCAAACCAAAUUAUCUUCUUGACAAUUUUUUUUCUCUUUUCCUUAAUAACUAUUUCCACCUUCUUCAUUUUUUCUUCUUCAUUUUAUGUGUGUGUGUGGUUCACAUUUAUUUCUUUUGACCAACGAAGAAGAAGAAGAGGAUCGUAAUUGCUUGCCGGAACCGCAUUAUCUGUGGGCGGAACCGAUUUUUUUUUCUUCUUCUUCUUUUCUUCUUGGAGCGCGGCAUAAUCGAACCCCUGAAAGUGGUGAGCUCCGUCUCUCUCUCUCUCUCUUCUACUCACCACAAAAUUCCCUUUUUUUCUUUUUUUUUUCCCGAACCUCAUCAACACCUGGAGUCGCCCAUUUCGAACAUUAAAGGCAAAGAAGAAAAACGGGGCGGCCCCUCAUUGCGCGGCGCAUCCUGUCGCUUUUAUUUCCGUUUCUCCAGCGGGGAGUCCAGAUCAAAUCCGCCGGCUUAAUGUUAUAAUCUAAAAAAGAAGAAGAAUUCUAUAAGUCAUGUAUACGACUACGCCGCCAUCUUAUUCAAAAGAAGAAGAAGAACUUUGAACUUUUUUUAUUUCUACGUGCAACUUACUAUACACAGCCCCGGAUUCUUCACCAUUCGAUUCUCUCCGCUACACACCCGCUUGCUGCUGGGGCUAUAUUUCCCCCUCCGUUUUUUCUUUUCUUUUUGGACACAAAUGGCGACCACCAGUCUUUCUUCUAUUCACGGUCGGACAGAGACACAUCAAUCAGCAUUUGUGGGCGAACAGAAAAAGGAAAAUGGGAGAGAGGAGCUGGAGCUCCAGCCCCGUUCCAGGCCGUUUGAUCCAUCUCCUCUUUGUCUCUACACGACUCCCGAUGGACUGCCGCACCACCACCACCCCGGAAAAAGAAGAAGAAGAAGAAGAAGAACCAAUGUGAGUGCGAACGCACAUAACCGACAUUACAUGGCCUGCCUCCAUCUCUCUAUAGAGACUAGCGCACGUCGUCCAGCCCGCCCGUCGCCCACUCUGCCCCGGUUCCAAUCAGCAAUUUGAUUAUCGAUGAUGAGAUGGCUCGAGCGGGAGAUGAUUGCGUGUGAAGCCAUCCGCGAAACGGGCACAAACGGCCUCGUCUAUACACUAGUAGUGUAGUGUAGUGUGCUUGCUUGCUGCUGCACUACAGUCACAACAAACCCCCGCGGAGGAUUGCAGCUCCGGAAUGAUUGGUUGGCUCGCCCCUUCGGGCCAAUGGCCGCUCUCUUGUGUUCAGAGCGGCGGCCCCCCCUCACUCACUCACUCACUAUGAUGGCUGAUAUGCUCUUUGCGUGUUCCAACGCCAUUGGUCUUUUUCUUUUUCUCUCUCUCUCUAAAAAUUAUCCAAAAAUCUGAAACGAUUUUUGUUUUUUUUUUCUUUCCAGCUCCUUUUGUGUUUGUGGGUGUUUUCAUAUUCAGAUGCGUAUUUUUUUUGUGGUGCGUGCGAGCGUCGUUGCGACGGGCAAAGGCCAAAGUUCGUCGUUUGAGCAAUGGAGAAAUAUUAUAUUAGGCCCACCUCCGAGUCAAUCAGAGAGUAGUAAAACAAACCAAGCGAAAAGAAAAUGAAAACUGAACAGGGAAAUUUCUUGAAACAAAAAAUACGUAAAACAAAAAUUAUAUUUUAGUGCGAGUCCCUCCAACCUCCCCCCUACUUCCCUUUUAAACUCUUAUAUACGUAAUGUUUUGAUCUGUUUUUUUGACACUGAACUACUUGAAAUACGUAACGCAACUUGUAGUCAUCACACAAACGAUGAGGUUCAGGUGAGCCUGGCCAAUUUGGAUUGGAUUCUUUUUUCUUUCUAUUUUUAACUUGAAUUGGAAAUGAACACACAAAAAUAAUCGAUGAACUUAUUAUACGUAAAAAUUUGUUGUUCUUUACAAAACAACAUUUUUUUUUGUUUUUUUUUUUGGGUCUUAAAAUUGAACUCGUGUAACUUUUUCGGUUGCUUUUUUUUUCUCUCUCUCUCUUUCCCGUUCUGGAUAAAAGAACAAAAGAUAAAUGGAACAGAAAUACGUAAUGCAUUUGUACAACCGCCGUUGUUUGGUUAAAACUUUGUUUUUCAUGAGGGGCGCUUUUUUUUUUAUUCUAAUUAUUAUUCAAAGAAAAGACAAAAACAUUUGUUUGUUGUGUGUGGUGGGUUUUCGUCGUCGUGUUUGUCCGUCUUUGAUUCUAAUUUUCUUCGUUUUUGUUUCUGUUAUGUGCUUUUAUCUCUCUGACAUCGUUGGGUAUAUGUUGCGUGUGGAUGUUUGGAAUUAUUUUUCGAAUUUUUCGUGAGCGUGCUGACCGUUUUCUUUCGCACUUUGCGCGGGACGAAUUUUUCUUUUUCUCCAACCAUCCGAUUUUUUUUAAAAUUUUAUUUGGAAUAAUCGGGGGAGGGAAAAUGAAGAGGAGGAAUCAAAAUUUUUGAAGUGGGUCAUUUUCUUGCGAGGAGUUGAGGGAGGGGGGGGUUUAGGGUGAGACUAUUACGAGAAUAUUACUUUUUUUUUAAUGUAGAGGCUGUUGUCGUUACCGGCAGACGCCAGUUUUGACGAGUCAUCUACCGGAGUGAUGAUGGGAAUAAUAUUUUCAUCUCUCAUUUCCGCGUGAAUUAUUAAAAAUUUCGGGACUUUUUUUUCCAUCCAUUUUUAUUGCGUCGUAUUAAAGCUAUUCGCACCCCGCCCAUUUCUCUCUCUCGUCAAUCCCCUCCAAACUCGUUUAUGAAGUAUUAAUCCAGUAGAACAUGUUUUGAAAACUCUCGCGAAAAAAUCAUUUGGGGUUUUUUAUUUAUAUAUUUUUCAACUCGCUUGUGAUAUUUCCGAUACCACAAACACACAAACAAACAAAUGAAAUCAUUUUUUUUAAAUCACAAAUUUAAAUGUUUCCCCCACUCCAAACUGCCAGUAAAAAAAAAAAAAAAUAGAUUUAAAAAAACCAGUGGCCAAUUAUUAAUUUUUCGACUUUGCCGUCGGACGGAUCGAUUUAGACAGCGACGGGCGUCCGUGUUGAAUCGUUCCGUCGCGUUUCGUGCGCCAUUCGCUGGAAACUAUUGACCACUCUCCUCCUCCUCCUCCUCCUCUAAACAAGAAAGAAAAACCCUCGAGUAUACGUCAGCAUUGUGAUUGUGUACUACCACAUUUGUGCGUCCAUUUUGUCUCUCGACUAUCUCUUCAUUUUCUCUCGCCCGAUGAUUCCAUUAACGUGAAGAAAACAAAAACCAACCAACAAACAAACAAACCGCCAUGACACAAAAAUGAUGCCCAUCUCUUUCUCUCUUGAUGAUGAUGAUAAUAACGCAAAUACGUAAAAAAUGCGAGGGUCGUAAUGAAAAUUCGGACUCGUGCCAGUUAUUAUAGACAACCAAAAAAGAAAUUAGAUACGUAAAAAAAAAACAUUGAUCGUCCGUGAUGAUCGUGAACAAGUGUGUGUUUAAAUAACCCAAUGAACUUUUUUUUCGAAUUUCUGUUUGUUUGUCCCAGUAAUUUUUUGAUUUGUUGUCUCUAUUUGGUAAAAAUGUUCUCGUUCGCUCUCUUAUUUUUAAUGAAAUUUGAUUAUCUCCUCCUAUUAUGGCAAACAACAAAAAAGAAACAGGCUAGAAAACGAAAAUACGUAAAACAUUGAGAUCAAUACUCGAGAGUAUCUUAUAGCCUUAUAAAGGUGUUGCAUUUUCUGAUUUUGUCGAUUCGAUUUCAUUUGACGUUGUUUUUCGAUUUAGCUUUUAUCCCUCGCGAUUGAUUGAUUCUUCGUGCGUUUGUUUUCCCCCUCACUCUCUGUGUGUGUUUGUCUGAUUGUGUAAAGUUAGUGGAGGGGGGACGUUUUAUUUUUUAAAAAGAGGCCAACGCGGGAACUUGUUUGUAAUAUCGAAAGCGUUCGAGCUAAACAUUUUACAAAUUUAUCCACCAGGUUUUUAAAAAAAGUAAAUUUCAAUGUUUCUCUGUUUGAAUGACGAAAAACGAAACCUCAUCACGUUUUUUUUUAAUUAUUAAUAUUUUUUUUCAAGUUUUGAUUGCGAUUGCUUCUCGUGUGUGAAUGGGUGCCCCCGACGAAUUUUUGAUUUUUUAAUUACAUAAGAAGAAAAACCUCUCCCGACCGAAUUAUACAUUGUCAUCGUUCUUCGCAUUCUUUUCUUCAAAAUUUUCCCUCUUUUUUUUGUUUUUCCAACCGACUUGUCUCCGGUUUAUCAUCAUCCUCUCUCGAAGUUGAUUGCGUAAACGGAGAAGGGGCAAGAAGGAGAGAAAAUGAAGGGAACAUUUUGGGGUUUAAAAGAGAAGAACGAUGACCCCCCCACGCAGGCAGUUUUUCUUUCUAGACAACAAGACAAAAAAUAAAAAUGAAAAGAAAAGAAAAAAAAAAAGAAAUAAUAUCGUGUGUUUUCGUCUUUUAUAUAGUUACACUUGAUGUUGAUUCGUUAUGUCCCUAUUUCCCCCCCACCCAUUCACCCUCUUCUCUCUAUUUUGAAAAAUAAUUUCUCUAUUUCCCGACCGUAGGUACUACUCACUCCCUCGCUGAUGUGUUAACCAUCUUUUGUCUUUUUUCUUCAAAGCCACCGGCCCGACAUCGUUAUCGUCGAGAUCCUGAAACGAUGAAAAAUUGAUUAGCUAUUAUUAUUAGGAUCCGCUCAACAACAGCAACAACAGUUGUUUCAGUUUUUUUUUUUUUUCUGAAAUAUACCGGUUCCAGACAGAAACAGAAAUUGAUCGAGAAAAUGCAGAACUAGUUGGGGGGGAUAUUUUUUAGUAGAUAUUCUCGCAUUUUUAUUAAUAUUGUUUAGGCUCCUCCGUAAGCAACAAUCACAAUCCUAUCUGUGCAAUAAGGAAAAAAAAGGCAAACAAACCUAUUAUAAAAUAGAAAGAAAGAUACCAACUCCCAAAGAAGUAGCGAAUCCAAUUUUCUGUUGUUUUUUUUUUCUUCUUCUUCUUUUUAAUUGCGAAAUAAAAUAUUAAAAAAAUGUGAAAAAAAAAAUUAAUAAGUGUACAGAAAGAUUUGUUUCUUUUUUCGUUGCGGUCGUGUGUGUGUUUGUUGUUUUCAGGAACCGAGUUUUAAAAAGACAAAAAUUACUUUUUUUUUUUUUUCAUACACAGUGAGACUUUAUAUGGAGCUGACCUCUCUCUCUCUCUAUUCUCCCACCUUCCACUUUUCCUUGAAAAUUGGGAAUUUUUUUUAUUUUAUCAUUAUUAUUAUUAUUAUUAUUAUUUCUAAUAUUCAAAAAUGAAAUGAACAAAAAUCCCCAUUUCCCUUCCCUCUGCCCCCCCCUCCCCAACUUCUAUUCAGAAAAUUAAGUAUCGUGUGUGCUCCCCCCUCGCUUAUUGUAUCUUUAUAUUACAUGGUUACGUUAAUUUUGUUUUUUUCUCCUUUUUGCUGGCUCAGUGAACGUGUUAUUUCUCUAUCCUCUUAUACGUAUAAUAAGCUCAUUCUCUGUCUCUCUCUCUCUCUUUCUAUUUCUCUUGUUUUGUUUAUUGUUUUUUUUUCUUAAUUAUUAAUUAAUUUCAUCCCAAAAAAUUCACUCCGACCCCGCCCCUGUCUCCUCCCCCCACACUUAAAACAAGAAAAUCUCGGAAACAUUUUUGACGUCUCGUCUGUCGUGUUUUUUUUUAAAUUCAUUUCGGUGACAUUCAAACGUUACAACAACAUCCCCCACUAAAUAUGUAAAAUCGGUCGUGAAAAGAAGAAGAAAAACAAAAAUCUCCCGACAAAAUAUUUCACACACACCUCAACUAUGUCUCGAUUCCCGGAGACUUCAUAUUUUUUUUUUUAAUUUGUUUAAAUUUUAAUUGAGAUACUCGCACCG